AUGGUUUACUCAUUUUUGAUAUUUCAGAAAAUAAGAAUUAUUAUGAAUGAAAUUUAUGAUACAUCGCGCCUACCACCAAACAUACUAACAUAUUCAAACGAUAACUUUUAUGAUUUUGUGCAAGAGUUUUUAGGAGAUGUUGAAUCAGAUAUUGUAAAAAUUCAGUGUUUAAAAAAUGCUCGACUAUUAUUACAUACACCAAAUGUUUUCUCUUUAUUCGAUCUCGAUUGUGCCGAUUUGCUUGAAUUAAAGAAACGUGCAUGUUUCAUAUUAAAAAAUAAUUCAUAUGUCGUUAGACCUGGUAUUAUCUACAAUAUUGAGUAUUUAAUUAAUAUAUUUAAAUAUAGAAUGAAUCAGCAAGUCAAUAACAAUAUUAAUCAUCUAGAUAAGUAUACAACAUCUACUAUACAUCAAGCACUAACAGCAUUAACAAAUAAUGUUCCAAAAACUAUGUCUAAAGAACCAUUUCUACAUUUGUUUCUUCAGAAUAUUUUAAACAAUUACGGUAAAUCGAAAAAUAAAUAUGAAUACAAUGAAUGUAGUCUACGAUUUACAUCAUCUUUAUUUAUAUUAGCCGGGAAAAAUACUUACGAAUUUUUAAGGAUAAAUUUACCUGGUUCACUACCAUCGAUGAGCACAGCUGAAAAGUACAACAAAAACCAUAAUACUAGAGUGAAAGAAUGCGAAUUCCGAUUUGAUUCAUUAACAUUACAUUUAAAUUCAAUUAAUUCAGGUUAUGUAUACAUAUCUGAAGACUGUAGUGGUAUAAUUAGUAAAGUUUGUUAUGAUAAUGAAACAAAUUCUUUUAUCGGUUUUUCUUCUCCACUUCAUAAUGCUGCACCUUAUAUUAAUUAUUUCCAAACGGAUGAUUUUUAUCAAUUACAACAGUGGUUCAAAGAAGUAGAUAAAUCAACACUAAUAAAUAUUCAUAUGGUAGAACCAAUAAUAUCAACAACCAGACUAACAUCAAUAACAAAAUCAAGACCAUUUUGCUUUCCGCUUAUGGAACCAAUAAUAAAUGUGUUAGACUUACUUGAUCAAAAUCAUAGUGCUCAAGCAACGUAUUGUUAUUUAAAUUUAUUAAAUUCAAUUAUACAAGCAUAUGUUCAUAAAACGACUACAGUAUCAAAGCGAUUAUAUUAUGGCUGGAUGUCGGUUUUUUUGUGUCGAUUUUGGUGGGCGUGGAUACAAUUAAAUAAAUUUGGUAAUACCAAUUUAUUAAAAAAAAUUAAUAAGCAGAAAUAUUUCAUUACAAAAGUUACAUAUUUUUCCAUUGAACUAAAUAUUCAUUGCUUCACAUUUAUUGUAUUACUUGUCUUAGAUCAACAACUUCCAAGACAUGCUUUAAAUAUUUAUCUAUUUAGUUCACAAAGCUGUGAAUCCAUAUUUAGGAAUGCACGAGCUCUUACUGGUACAUUUUCAUUUAUCACAAAUUUCAGUGUUAAACAGUUUAUAAAAAAAGCUGAAAAAAUAUCUAUUUUAAAUAGCAUAAAAUCUCAAGAAGAAUUGAAUAACGAUAAUAAUGAUUAUUCUAUUAGAUUCCCUAUCCAUCAAAAAAAUAGGAAUUUCGAUGAAUUAAAUCCGUCAAAAUUUAGUGAUGAUGAUAUUAAUGAAUUAACAAUAGGAAAAAUCGAAAUAAUAAUCUUUAAUGCAUAUAAUGAUAUAAAACUAUUAAUUCAUAAACUUAAAAUGUCAAAAUUAAUAGAACAAAAUAAUAUUAAAGAUACAAAAGAAUUGAGUUUAUAUGAGGAAGAGGAAGAAUCUGACUACGAAGAAGAUGAUAAAUAUGAUAGUGUCAACGAUGAAAGUAGUACUGAAUCAUUGUCAGAUGAAAACGAAGAAACGGACGAUGAAAAUGAUUACUUGAAGAAAAUAACAACAGCCAAAGAAGAGUUUAGAGGUAUGAGAAUUUAUGAUAAGAUCAAAGAAUCAAAUAAGAAAUCGUAUUUUUGUGUCGACAUUGAUGGUAAACGUAAAUAUCUCCACAAACAAACUGCCUGUUGGCUUCUAACAAAUAAUACAAAUCAGCUACCAUCUGAUAGGCUAUUAAGAGUGCAAUUAACAGGUAAACAAAAAUAG